GAAGAAUCGUCUGCGGUAACAAUACCGGGGGCUGUUCUUACACAAGGAAAUUGCUAUAAAGGAGGCUCCCGGGCGCCCGAAUUCGGUCGCACUUAUUCUCAGCUACCGAAGAAGAAGCUUUGCGAGUCUCCUUUUUCCUCACCCAAGAUGCAGAUCUUCGUGAAAACCCUCACUGGCAAGACCAUCACCCUAGAGGUUGAAUCCUCCGACACCAUCGACAAUGUCAAAGCCAAGAUCCAAGACAAGGAGGGGAUCCCCCCCGACCAGCAGAGGCUCAUCUUCGCUGGUAAGCAGCUCGAAGACGGCCGCACCUUGGCCGACUACAACAUUCAGAAGGAGUCCACCCUCCACCUCGUGCUCCGCCUACGUGGUGGUAUGCAGAUCUUUGUGAAGACUCUCACCGGCAAGACCAUCACCCUCGAGGUCGAGAGCUCGGACACGAUCGACAACGUUAAGGCCAAGAUCCAGGACAAGGAGGGCAUCCCUCCGGACCAGCAGAGGCUGAUCUUCGCCGGCAAGCAGCUCGAGGAUGGCCGCACCUUGGCCGACUAUAACAUUCAGAAGGAGUCCACCCUCCACCUCGUGCUCCGCCUACGUGGUGGUAUGCAGAUCUUUGUGAAGACUCUCACCGGCAAGACCAUCACCCUCGAGGUCGAGAGCUCGGAUACGAUCGACAACGUUAAGGCCAAGAUCCAGGACAAGGAGGGCAUCCCUCCGGACCAGCAGAGGCUGAUCUUCGCCGGCAAGCAGCUCGAGGAUGGCCGCACCUUGGCCGACUAUAACAUUCAGAAGGAGUCCACCCUCCACCUCGUGCUCCGCCUACGUGGUGGUAUGCAGAUCUUUGUGAAGACUCUCACCGGCAAGACCAUCACCCUCGAGGUCGAGAGCUCGGAUACGAUCGACAACGUUAAGGCCAAGAUCCAGGACAAGGAGGGCAUCCCUCCGGACCAGCAGAGGCUGAUCUUCGCCGGCAAGCAGCUCGAGGAUGGCCGCACCUUGGCCGACUAUAACAUUCAGAAGGAAUCCACCCUUCAUCUGGUGCUGAGACUCAGGGGAGGUAUGCAGAUCUUCGUCAAGACCCUCACUGGAAAGACCAUCACCCUGGAGGUUGAGAGCUCUGACACGAUCGACAACGUCAAGGCAAAGAUCCAGGACAAGGAGGGUAUUCCACCGGACCAGCAGAGGCUUAUCUUUGCUGGCAAGCAACUAGAGGACGGUCGCACCCUGGCCGAUUACAAUAUUCAGAAGGAGUCCACUCUUCACCUGGUGCUCCGCCUCCGUGGUGGCCAGUGAGCUACUGCCCUGCUCAUCCGCCGCCGCUGCUGCUGCAUUGUCCUGGUGUCUCAUGUGAUCUGUGUCUGUUGGUCUGCAUUGGGUUCAAGUGUUCUUAUGUCGAUGUUCGACUUCAUGUCUCUCUGUUCGGUGUUUGUCGUCGGUUCAAUAAUAAACUACUGUUUGUCGUCGGUUCAAUAAUAAACUACUGUCACGAUAUGCGAUGCUACUUAUGCGAA